CUAGAAAGAUUUUGCACCUCGAACCACAACCCAAACUUGAAACUAAACAUGACUUUGAAUGCCAGUCCUGCGGUUGUCACUGCAAUCCCUGAUCGUCCCAAUUUCUCUUUGGAUCUGCCUAAUGAAAAUUCACUAGAAAAGGUACAGAGAUUUUUGAGGUGGCGAAUGGGCCAUGAUAUAGAUCCAGCUUCAGAACUUACUUCAGUUACACCUCCUCUUACUCGUCUUUCUUCUGACACCCCAUCACCUGAUUGGCCGUUGGGCACACCUCGCCUGCCACCAGGAGAUAUACCACUACCACUGACACAGCAGCCAUCGUUCUUUCCAAUCAUAUUACCACAGCCCCUUGUUCUGGUGAGUAAAAAUGAUGGUAUAUCGCCACUUUCACUGGCCGGUGAAGCGGGUGACAUCGAGUCUGUGGCAAAAAUCACCUGUGCUAUCCAAGCUGAGCGUCAGGCGGAG